ACCAAACUUUGAGUGACUUCACCGUUGACGACAUCCCCUUUUCCAUCCGUUGCCUGUCCAUACUCUUUUUACUCGCUUCAUUUCCUUAUUCCAGUAUCGAUCCCAUCGAGUGGCCCGUCAAUCCACCCAAGGUCCCUCUUGUCGUCAUUAGCGCAAUGCCAUCAUCGCCCAAGAUGAAGUUCGUUCUGGUGUCAGGAGGUGUGGUGAGUGGAGUUGGCAAGGGAAUCAUUGCCUCAUCAUGCGGUCUCCUUCUCAAGACCCUUGGCCUCAAGGUCACUGCCAUCAAGAUUGACCCUUACAUCAACGUUGAUGCCGGUACCAUGAACCCCAAGGAGCACGGCGAGUGCUUCGUCCUUCAUGACGGUGGCGAGACCGAUCUGGAUCUCGGCAACUACGAGCGUUACCUCGGUGUCGACCUUGCCCGCGACAACAACAUCACCACCGGCAAGGUCUACCAGCAGGUCAUCGAGAACGAGCGCAAGGGCAAGUACCUCGGCCGCACUGUCCAGGUUGUACCCCACGUUAUCGACGCGAUCAUCGACACCAUCAACCGUGUCUCCAGGGUACCUGUCGACAAGUCUGGCGAGGAGCCCGAUGUCUGCAUCAUCGAGUUGGGUGGUACUGUCGGUGAUAUUGAGAGCAUGCCUUUCGUUGAGGCCCUCACCCAGCUCCGUCACAGAGCUGGCAAGAACAACUUCAUCAACAUUCACGUCUCUUACGUCCCUGUCGUCAACGGCGAGCAGAAGACGAAGCCUACCCAACACGCUGUCAAGAGCGUCAGGAGUGCUGGUCUCAUUCCCGACUUGAUUGCGUGCCGUUGUGAGAAGCCCCUUGAGCAGGGCACCAUCAACAAGGUCGCUUCCAGCUGCCAGGUCGAGGUCAACCAGGUCCUUGCCGUCCGCGAUAUGCCUACCAUCUACCAGGUGCCUCUUCUCCUUGAGGAGCAGGGUCUGCUCAGGGAACUUAAGGAGACCCUGAAGCUCGACGACGUCAAGCUCUCCCCUGCCCGUGUCAGCCAGGGCCAGGAGGUCUGGGCCAAGUGGCAGAAGAUUGUUCCCCUCGGUUACGCCGAGACCGUCGACAUCGUCUUGGUCGGCAAGUACGUUGAACUUCACGAUGCUUACCUUUCCGUCAUCAAGGCUCUUGAGCACUCCGCCAUGCGCUGUGGCCGCAAGCUCAACCUCAUCUGGGUUGACUCUGAGCACCUCGAGGAGAAGACCCAGAAGGAGGAUCCCACCAAGUACCACAAGGCUUGGCACGAUGUUUGCGUCGCCAAGGGCAUUCUCGUUCCUGGCGGCUUCGGUCACCGUGGUACCGAGGGUAUGAUCCGUGCUGCCCAGUGGGCUCGUGAGCAAAAGACCCCCUUCCUCGGUGUCUGCCUUGGUAUGCAAGUUGCCGUUAUCGAGGCUGCCCGCAACCUCUGCGAGCUCAAGGAUGCCACCUCUGAGGAGUUCGACGCCAACGCCGAGCACCGCGUCAUCAUCUUCAUGCCCGAGGGUUCCAAGGAGAAGCUUGGCGGUACCAUGCGUCUCGGUACCCGUUCCACUCACUUCCAGCCCGGCUCUGAGUUCAGCAAGCUCCGCGCUCUCUACGGCGAGGCCACCACCAUCGAGGAGCGUCACCGUCACCGUUACGAGGUCAACCCCGAUUACAUCGAGAAGCUCGAGCAAUCUGGCCUCAUCUUCAUCGGCAAGGACGACUCCGGUGAGCGCAUGGAGGUUGUCGAGAUCAAGGACCACCCUUACUACGUCGGUGUUCAGUACCACCCCGAGUACACCAGCCGUGUCCUCGACCCCUCCCGCCCUUUCCUCGGCUUCGUUGCCGCUGCCAUCGGCUGCCUCGACCAGAUCACCAAGGAGAUCCUCCAGGAUGCCGGCUUUGCCAACGGGAGUAUCAACGGCGCUCACUUCUAAAUUAUCGACAAACAAAGGCAGUAGUAGCACGAUGACGAUGCAUAGGAGUUGCCCGCAGCGAAGGGCAUGGAUCCAAUUUAAGAG